AUUUGUCCCCUGUAAGAGCAAGUGACAUUAUUCAGCCGUCCGACAUGGUGAGGACAUUCUCCCCGCAAUGGUGAAGAAUGAAAUUGUUUCUAAGCUGAGCGCUAUCGCUGAUCGAGCUCCUUUACCAAGCGAGCGAGCGACGGGUAUAUAAAUUCGUCUCACACGUCGUCUCUUCUAUCCGAGAUUCAGAAUCCACCGUUUGCCCACCAUUGUUAAUCUCACCAGCUUAUUCUUCCUGUCUCUUAUCCCGGUUCUUAAGCUUGAGUCACCUGAAAUGGCCUUGAACAUGAUAUCUAGGAAUGUUGUGAAGAAGGUGCUGGCUGUUGAGACACCUGAGGGUGCUGGAGCACUCGUACGACGGUCCAUCGGAAGCGCGAGCUUGCGCAAUUUGACGCCUUUCUUGUUGCUGGAUCACUUCCAUGUGUCCGAGGGUGCCGGAUUCCCCGACCACCCCCAUCGUGGUCAGGCAACCGUAACGUACAUGCUCGAAGGAUCAAGUCGCCAUGAGGAUUCCGCAGGACAUUCUGGGACCAUCAAAACCGGCGGUGUCCAAUGGAUGUCUGCCGGAAAGGGGAUCAUUCACGCGGAGAUGCCCGUGCAUGGAAAGAACGUGCCCGAGCCCCGAGGAAUGCAGCUUUGGGUAGACCUACCAAAGGACGAACCGACCUAUCAAGAACUGGACCCUGAGGACAUUCCAGUAGCGUACCCUGAAGGCAAAGACGGCAAUAUCAGCAUCAAAGUCAUCAGUGGGAAGAGCCAUGGCGUUGAGUCACCUGUGCGACCACUUGGCGGGUGCUGGUACUUCCACGUGUUGAUGAAGAACGGCGCAACCAUGUUCCAAGAGAUUCCUACCGGUUGGACAGCAUUCGUCUAUAUUUUGAAGGGUGCAGUGAGCGUCGGUGAAAGCGGUCCUGUUAAUGAUGCUUUCCACACUCUCGUUCUUUCUCAUGCGGACGGUGAGACUGGUGUGCGACUAACAGCUGCAACCGACGACACUUCGUUUGUCCUGGUCGCCGGGGAGCCUCUCGAUCAGACUGUUUUCCAGUAUGGUCCUUUUGUCAUGACGAAUCAGGAGGAAAUACAGAGGACAUUGAUGGACUACCGAACGGGUCGUAACGGAUUCGAGAAAGCGCAUACGUGGAAGAGUAAGAUUGGAAAU